CUAUUACACGUGAUGACUUUUCUGAUAAAACCAUAUCGAUUUCCUUCCAGAUGUAAAGCCGAGAACUCGGUUUCUCCUCGAAGUAAACACGCCGGUGUAAGCACCGGGUGAGAAAUAGGGGCGAAGAACCGUACUCGCCCCGGGUCAGCAAUGCUCAUUACCAUCUUAAUAGCAUCAUGUGUUGUGGUGUCCUCAAGUCAUGGCCUAGAAUUGGUUAGAGCCGAAUACGGCCCUGGUCAAUUCAAUAAAAGGGUACCAUCUCGCAACGACUCGGUGUUCCCAGAGUCCACAAGCUCACCUGAUAUACUAGCAUCUAGUUUCAUAGUGACAAGCUCAGAGACGUAUCAGAGGCCUAUAGAUACUGUUUCAAACACGGCAAUUACGACUUCUGUUGAUGACGUGUCUGUCGUUACAGCACCUUCAGGGGACAGCUCUACUCCAUUGACACCGGAAUCUUUCUUUGAACCAUUGAAUUUAGGAACAAUUACCACAAUUGUGAGGCCUACACUUGUAUUGCCUACGUCAAGCCCGAUAAGGGGUAGUUCAAGGAUUCUCGACAGCAGCUCAAGCUCUGCUUCUAAUACAGGCGUUGGGACUUCCUUACCCCCAAUAGCAUCGUCAUUCUCUUUCAAUGCCACAUCGCGACCAUGGGGCUGGAAUGAUACCUCCAGCGCCUCUUCAAUACCCUCACCUACUGUGACUCUGCCUCCAUCAACUAUUAGCACGACCCCGACCGUCACCACUACGUCGAGCGAGUGCCCGGCAAAGGAAACCGGGCCUGUUACUGUCACCUCCUAUUCCAUCACCUACACGUCAACAACAACAUGGAGUGGAGAUCCUUCUGACUACACACCCCCUUACCCGCCAAUAAGCACGCCAGUACCGUGUACUCCUAAAGAGAGCCCAACCGGGCGUUUUACCAUAACCUUUUGUGAUAGCACCGGUCAAACAUGCUCAUUUAUUCAUACUACGACGACGAACGAUUUCGCCAAUCCAGCUACGACUGUCACUUUGAUUACGACAGACAAAAACCCUGCCGUGGUUUUUCCGACCCAGACGCCUCCCAGUUAUGGCGGGUCCCCUUCUGGGCCAAAAAGUCACCAGUCGGCAGUGAGUGGUGGAAACCUGAUUACCCCGGGAUACGGUAUAGACCCGACACCUGUCGAUUCAGCUAAACAGUCACCAACUCCGGUCAGUGACACCGGUGCUGGCAAUAAUGGAGAGGAUGACGAAGGAAACAGUGAAAACAACAAUGGCAACGGGAGCGGAAGCGGAAGCGGAAGCGGAAAUGGGAAUGGCGGCAAUGGUGGCAGUACUAGUGCAAGCCCGCCUCCGAUUACUGUGAUAGUUCAGCCUGGCGAAGUAGUAAUCGGUGAUCACACAUUCAUCGAUGAUCCGGCGCAACAGACAUCGACAGUAGUCGUAGGAGGCGACUCAUUCAUUAUUGAUCCGUCCCAAAUAGUAGGCACUGGUGCCAUUAUUACUCGACCUCCGUCCAACGCAAGGGACGGUUUUGUGCCAGCCCCUACACCGAUAACGACCUCCGUGGGAGGUCUAGGGGUGACAUACGGACCGUCCGUCGCAACCAUAGACGGCACAGCCUUCACAAUCGAACCCACAUCCACCGUGAUAGUGGUUAGAGGGCAGACGAUAACUCUCGGACCCACCGACAUCGUCUUCCCCACGCAAACCCUCCACGUCGCCGCAGGUGGGCCCGGGCCGACACAGACCGCCGUUAUGGGUGGGGAGCUCAUCACUGUUAUCGGAUCCGAUACAAUCAUUAUCGAAGGUACCACGCUAUCCUACGGGCCCGACGCUAGCAGCACGCUCACGACAGCCAUAGACGGGGAUACGAUCCUCGUGGCGCCGACUGGUAUCAUUAUGCAUAAUCAGACUCUAGGCGGGAUUACAGCCGCGCCCGGCGCUACUAGGUACGCGAUCGCGGGCGGAGCCACGGUCACGCAGAUGGGGCUUACGGCAGUUGAGAUCGGUGGCGUUACAUUCCACGUCGGCAUAGGUGCUUCGGAGGCCCUGACUACAGUCGUUGGAGGACACACCCUGACGAUUGGUCCCGGAGGUGUUGGGAUGGAGACGUGGACCCUGGGAGCGCCUGGGGCGUCAACGACGACGCUUAGUCCGAGCCAGGGUAGCGGCAGCGGCGGGAACAAUGCUGCCUUGACGAUACCAUCAGCAACGGGAUCGGGAUCCGUGGGGGAGAGAAAGGGGAACGGAGGACAGGGUCUAAGGCCAGACUGGGGGCUGCAAUGCCUCUUCCCGGUUGGCGUCGGGUGUCUUUCCCUACUGUGAGAAAAGUAACUUCGAUUGCUAUAUAAUCGCUCAGGCUAUCCACAUAUAUACACGCCUAACAUACAAUGGGUACAUAUUCAUUGGAUUGGUUUCGGUUUCACACGGCGCAAAAAAGAAAUGAGGGAAAGGGGCAGUACCAAAAAUCAAUCGCUCAGUUGACGACGUUAUGAUACCCACGGAGCAUACUCACAUUCAUCUAACAUCUACUAGUUUCGAGGGUCGAAG